AUGACGGACAAAAGAAAGACAUUGAAUUUAAUACCUAUUAAUGGGCAUUUGUCGUCUGUGAUGUCAAAGACCCUCCAUAGAGUCAGAGUAAUAGCAUCGAAACAUAUAGAUGCUAAAUUUGCAGCAAAAACUAGUGGCUGUGGUGAUUCCCUGAAGCUAAAGGUUACUAGUACCAGUUAUGUUAUGAAAUCACGCGAUGAAUGA